AUGAAACGACCAAUUAGUCAACAUAUUCAAUCUUGCUUACUUUGUCAACAACAUAAUAUUAAUCGUUCCAAAAAACCUGGACGACUUCAACCGAUCUCAACAUCAGAAGGACUAUUUCAAAUGAUUGGUAUAGAUUAUUGUGGUCCAUUUAAACAAACCCCUAGUGAUCGUGAGCAUAAUAAUUGGGAUGAAUAUUUAUUACCCAUUAUAUUCGCUUAUAAUACGGGAAUACAUGCAACGACUCAAUAUUCACCGUAUCAAUUACAAUUCGGACGUGAACCACGUUUACCUACUGAUGAACCCUCAACAUCGUUCAUAUUUAAUAAACCUAUUGGUUAUUAUGAUCAACUUAAAAAAAGUUCACUGAUAAUCCAAAGACAAGCACAUGGACAUAUCAUUUAUCGUCAACGAUAA